AUGUCUCAGAACAGUGAGUUUCAUAUCAGUGAAGGAGACCUGAUCCCCUCCCCCACUACAUAUUACCUUGCACAGAAGUACCUUGGAAAUGGCUCCUAUGGUAUGGUCAUUCAAUGCAGGAAUGUGACCACCGGUGAAACGGUGGCUUUAAAAAUCAUCCAAAGCCUUGAAAACAUUGACUGUGCACAAGAAGAGGAGGUCAUCCUUCAAAACAUGAAGAAGCUCCAUUCAGACAGGUUCAACAUCGUCAACUUGCACGAGUCAUUCUUCUACAAGGAACAUUACUGUCUUGUGUUUGAGCUCCUGGAUAUGGAUCUGCAGAAAUUCAGACAGAUCAGCCCGGGUCAACACCUUCAGCUGAAGCAGAUCCGCCCCAUUCUGCAGCAGCUAGCUACAGCCUUGGACUUUAUGAACAGCGCAGGGAUCAUUCAUGCAGAUUUGAAGCCAGAUAACAUCAUGCUGGUGGAUCAUGUCAGGCAGCCACUCAAAGUUAAGGUCAUUGACUUUGGCAUAUCCUGCGAUGAUCCUGAGGAAAUGAUCGGUGAAACCCUCCAGACCUUGUGGUACAGGUCUCCUGAGAUUCUGUGUGAAGAUCGUUUCAGCGGGAACAUCGACGUAUGGUCUCUCGGCUGCAUUGCUGCUGAGCUCUCAAUGGGCACACCGCUGUUCCCUGCCAAGGAUGAGAAGGAUUUGGGGAAUCAUCCUGUCUGGACAGAAGACGGCCAAGCGGAAUAUUGUGACCUGCAGGGCUUUAUGGACCUAAUGAAACAGAUGCUGAUGAUGAGUCAGUAUGAUAGAAUUACCCCCAACCGAAUUCUCCAGCAUCCGUUCAUCACGAUGAGCCACCUUCAAGGUUCAUUCAAAAACAGCCUCUAUGUGAAGUCAUGUGAGGAUCUGAUGGACAUCUGCAAGGAUCAGAGCUCUGAGGAUGAAGGACCUGGAGAGCAGGUGAUCCUGCAAAUGUCCCUGAACAGGGAAUCCUCCAGCAGCACUGCCAGCCCAGCCAAGGAGGCCAGCAAAGUGAAUGUGAAGUCUGGCAACAGACCAGAAGACUCCAAGGUCAGAAGGUGUGAACAACUGGCAGUCGCUCGAAAAGGCACGAGUGGGAAAACAGGCCCAAACCAGUGCAAGAGGAUGAGAGAGAGGCAUGAUCCCUCAUCCAUUUUCAACCCCUCAAGAAAGAAGAAACACAUGGGCUCUGCUGGAAUGAGAGACUCCCAAGCCAAGGUCAGAAUGAGUGAACAACUGGCAGCCGCUCAAAAAGGCACGAGUGGGAAAACAGGCCCAAACCAGUCCAAGAGGAUGAGAGAGAGGCAUGAUCCCUCAUUCAAUGGCAACCCCUCAAGAAAGAAGAGACACAUGGGCCCUGCUGGAAUGAGAGACUCCCAAGCCAAAGUCAGAAGGAGUGAACGACUGGCAGCCAUUGGAAAAGUCGCAAGUGGGCAAACGGGCCCAAUCCGGCUGAAGAGGAUGAGAGAGGAAGAUGAUAGUGUUGGUCAAAACCGGUUCGUGGCGAGAAGAAGGAUAGAACUUGCCCUUUAA